ACGUGCUUAGGGCUUGUUACCAGGCAGAGCGCCUUACCAACAUGGCGGCGUCAAGCAACGCAGAGCAUACGCACUCGCAAGACAUGGAGGAGGACGACGCGGGGAUGGAGAAGCGAGAAAUGGACUCGGAGAGCGACGACGAGGAGGGCAUGGGGGUAGAAAUUUCAGAUGACGAAGAGGACGACACGUCAGAGGACGAGAAGGAAAAUGAAGCGGAAAUACAACGGCUCGAGGAGCAGCUGUCGAUCAAUGCCUUUGACUACAACUGCCACGUCGAUCUCAUCAAGCUACUGAAGCAGGCGGGGGAGCUUGUUCGCCUGCGAAAAGCAAGGCAGAAGAUGAGUGAACUUUUCCCUCUCACAGAAGAGAUCUGGCUAGAUUGGCUCAAUGAUGAGAUCCGCCUGACUGAGGAAGAACCAAACCGAGAAAAAGUCAACGAACUUUUCGAGCGGGCUAUAAAAGAUUACAUCUGCCCGGAUAUCUGGCUUGAGUUUGCCCAGUAUUCCAUUGGUGGUAUGGGAUCACCAGGUGGCAUCGAAAGCGUGAGAGCCAUCUUCGAGAGAGCCCUCACUGCUGUCGGGCUCCACAUGACUAAGGGACAGACGGUGUGGGAGGCGUACCGAGAGUUUGAGAACGCCAUUUUAGCCACUGUGCAGCCUCCCCCUGGCAGGAUUCCCAACCAUGAUGAACAAGAGCUGCUGAACAAGCAACUGCAGCGCAUCCAUACAUUGUUUCAUCGCCAGCUGGCCAUUCCUUUAAUGGACAUGGAGGCAACAUAUGCAGAGUAUGAGGAAUGGUCUGAAGAUGGGGCACCUGAGACAAUCUUGCAUCAAUACAAAAAUGCUUUGCAGCAGAAAGAAAAGUGCAGGCCUUUUGAAGAGUCACUACUGGUAGCAGAGACGCCUAAACUGGCCGAGUAUCAGGCUUACAUUGACUUUGAGAUGAAGGUGGGGGACCCAGCACGAAUCCAGAUAACCUAUGAGAGAGCUCUGGCGGAGAACUGCCUGGUUCCAGACAUGUGGACAAAAUACACAACAUAUCUUGACCGUCAACUGAAAAUCAAAGACUUAGUUCUGUCCACUCAUGAUCGUGCUGUCAGAAACUGCCCAUGGACUAUGAGUCUGUGGAAGAGCUACCUGCAAGCUGUAGAAAGGCACGGGGGAAGCCAUCAAACUGUCUCAGAUGUGUUCGAAAAGGCGCUGAAUGCGGGGUUCAUUCAAGCUACGGAUUAUGUGGAGAUCUGGCAGGCUUACCUCGACUACCUGAGGAGACGUGUGGAUUUCAGCCAAGAGUCGAGUAAAGAGUUGGAGGAGCUACGAGGAGCGUUUACUCGCUGUCUGGACUACAUGAAACAAGACGUCGAACAGAGAUUUGGGGAAAGUGGAGACCCUUCCUGUAACAUUAUGCAGAUUUGGGCAAGGAUAGAGGCCCUGCAUUGUAAGAACAUCCAAAAAGCCAGAGAACUGUGGGACAGCAUCAUGACAAAAGGGAAUGCCAAAUUUGCCAACAUGUGGCUGGAGUAUUAUAACCUGGAAAGAGCUUAUGGAGAUUCUGCCCAUUGCCGAAAAGCUCUUCACAGAGCGGUCCAAUGUAGCUCAGACUACCCAGAACACGUGUGUGAAGUCCUACUCACCUUUGAGAGAGUAGAAGGUUCUUUGGUUGACUGGGAUGUUGCAGUUCAGAAAACCGAAACUCGGCUGAACAGGCUUAAUGAGCAACGGGCGAAGGUGGCAGAAAAAGAAGCCAUCCAUGCUCAACAGGAGGAAGGACGAGCUGAGCAGAGGCGGAAGGCCAAGACGGACAAGAAGACUCAGAAGAAAAUUCAGAAAGGAGGUCGAUUUGGGGAGAAGAGGAAAGCAGAUCAGGAUGACUGGAAUGACCACACAGAACACGCUCCGAAGCGACACAGAGGAAAAGGCGAGAAAAGCACAGAAGAGUACAUGGAGACGGAUGUUGGACAAUUUGGGAGGAAGGCUCCUCCUGGCUAUAAAGGUUCUGCACCUGCAAACAACAAAUCCCAGCAGGCCAGUGCACAGAAUCAAAGCAAUGACAAGACUGAGCUUCGGAACGAUAGCAACAGCGUGUUCGUUAGCAACCUGACGUACACACUGGAAGAGCCUGAUGCCAAACUUCGGACUCUCUUUGAGACCUGUGGACCAGUUAAACAGAUUCGCCUUGUCUCCAGCAACAAAGGGAUCUUCAAGGGCUACGGUUAUGUGCAAUUUGAAAGUGCUGUGUCUGUCCCUGAAGCCCUCAAACUGGACAGAAGCGAGGUGGGGGGCAGGCCUAUGUUUGUGUCUCCGUGUGUGGACAAAACCAAGAACCCAGACUUUAAGGUGUUCAAGUACAACACGUCUAUUGAGAAACACAAAAUCUUUAUCUCUGGGCUGCCAUUUUCCUUCACCAAGGAGCAACUCGAAGAAUUAUGCAAGCAACAUGGCACCAUUAAAGAAGUUCGUUUGGUCACAUAUCGCUCAGGAAAGCCCAAGGGUUUGGCGUAUGCCGAGUUUGCUGAUGAACAGCAGGCUACUCAGGCAGUUGUAAAGAUGGAUGGCAUUGAAGUUGAAGGUAACACAAUCUCAGUUGCUAUUAGCAACCCUCCUCGCAGAAACAACAACAAACCUGGUCCCAGUCAGCCCACAGCUAACCUGAUGCCUCGCCAGGUCCAAGGAGGGAGAGGCCGAGGGCGCACGCAGCUGUCCUUGCUGCCUCGAUCCCUGCACCGCCAAAACGCUCCAGCCGCCGGCACAGUCGAGAACGGGACGUCGUCCGAACGAGGCGCCGGGGACACUCGACCGUUAUCAAAUUCGGACUUUUCCAGGAUGCUUUUGAACAAGUAGGAAGAUAUUCCUCACGUUUUGACCCCUGUCGUUUUUACCUUAUACGCUGUUUUAUUAAAAAAAAAAGUCUAAUACAUGUGUGUAAAUAUACCCACAGCCUCUUUGUUAUUCCUGUCAAGUGGAUUGGAUUCAAACAUUAAGUUUUUUUGUUUUUUUUGUAAAAUUCUGCUUAACGUGACCAUAAAGACUUUAAAAUGAGGUGUAACAGUGCGUGUUCAAUAUAAAUGAAUCAACAUUUCCAAUGUCCUCAAGAUAGUUUCUUAUGGAAGGGAAUGUGUCAUUUCUAACAAAGUAUUAAAAGUAUGCAGCGCUCCACACUGCCACUUCCUAAACAUCCUAUUUCAACCCAACAGAUGCUUUGGGACUUUCUUUGAGAAGGGAAUGUGUACGUGUCGUGAAUAAAAUCGUCUAAUUUUUAAUAAUGUUCAGAAAAGUUACUAACUGGUUUACAUGUUUUCCGUGAUAAUGUUUUAAACUAUUCAGGUGUGAUAAAAUGUUUUUUUUAGACUUCAAUGAUUUAAAAUAAAGUAUUGCAAGUUGUUUCCAUGUACAGUGCAUCCAGAAAGUAUUCACAGCACUUCACUUGUUCCACAUUUUAUGUUACAGCCUUAUUGCCCUUAAAAUUCAACACACAAUAACUCAUAAUUCCAAUGUGAACACAUUCUAAUGUAUUUUUUUCAAAUGUAUUAAAAAUAAAAACCUAAGAAAACACAUGUACAUAAGUAUUCACAGCCUUUGCUCAUUAUGUUGUUAAUGCUCCUUUGGCAGAAAUUGCUGCCUCAAGUCUUUUUGAAUACGAUGCGACAAGCUUGGCACACCUAUCUUUGGGCAGUUUGGCCCAUUCCUCUUUGCAGCAUGACCGGGAUGUCUCUGAACCUUGCUGCAUUCAGCUUUCCCUCUAUCCUGACUCUUCUCCCAGUUCCUGCAGCUGAAACCAUCCCCAAAGCAUGAUGCUGCCACCGUCAUGCUUCACUGUAGGGAUGGCAUUGGCCUUGUGAUGAGCAGUGCCUGGUUUCCUCAAACAUGAUGCCUGGUAUACACGUCAAAGAGUUCAAUCCUUCUCUCAUCAGACCAGAGAAUUAUGUAUCUCAUGGCCUGAGGGUAUUUCAGGUGCAUUUUGGCAAGAUGAAUGCAGCAAUGUAGAGACAUCCUGGAUAAACUCUAACCCUUUCCAUGCAAUCUGAUGCAGCUUGAGAGGUGCUGCAAAGAGGAAUGGGAACAUCUGGCCAGAUAGGUUUGGCACGUUUGUAGUAUUGUAUUCAAAAAGACUUGAAGCUGUACUGUAAUUGCAGCCAAAUGUGCAUCAUCAAAGCAUUGAGCAACUCCUCUGAAAACUUAUGUUAGUAUGGUUUUUGUUUUAGGUUUCAUUAGUUUGCAAACUAAAAAAAUAAACUUGGGUUUUGUGUACAAUUUUGAGGAUUUUUUUUUCAUUUUGGAUAAUGGCUGUAAGUACUUUUCAGAUGCACUGUACAUUGGAACCUCCAAAGUUGAAUAUACUCCUAAAUUAUAAUUUUAAACCAUCAACGUACACUAUUGCCGCUAUAAAAACUUUAUUAGCAAAUGUUUAUAUAUUUCAACAUUCCUGACUGCAGGUUGCAGGAGAGUAGUUGGAGUUAAACUACUCACAGCACCACUUAGUGGUGGUAUUUAGGUAGUGCUGGAAUGAAUGAGUAUUAUUGUGUGUGUGUGGCUUAAAUUAGUUCCACUUACUCUUCAGUGGCUAUAAUCACACUGGCUUUUUUUUUUUUUCUAUCAAGGCAUGUAAGAAAAUGUUAGUUCAACUUUGAAGAUCACAACUUAUUUUGUGUCAAAUGACACAUACUUAUAACUUGUGUGUGCCAAGGAUUUGUCUUUAUUGAACAAGUCUUGCAUAAAAUCAAAAUCUGCACUUUUCAAAUGAAUAAUUGACAGAAAAAUAAAUGGCUAAAAGUUGUAUUUCUCUUUACUAUAAACUUUUAGUGGACAUUAAGACAAUCUAUGGAUGUCUUUCUACAUUUCAUGUUGAUCAACAAUUAGAUGGUGUUAUGUAAUGUUAAUUAUACAACCAGAUGGAAUAUAAGCUAUAUGAAUUACUCUCACCACCGUGGCCUAAUUCAAAUACAAACUUAAGUGUUUCCAUGUGUGCAAACAUUACCACUUUAGGUUUGAAGUUCAUAAAUAAUCUAAAAAAUACUAUUUUAUGAUUUCUUGUUUCCUUGCAGUUCUAUGUUGUGUUGGAUGAAAACAAAUCUAUACUUUGAUGUUAAAGCUAUACAAUGGAAUAAAGACUUUAGUUAACCUU